CCGCGGUUAAACCUCAUCGAAGAAGAAGCAGAAGAAGAACGACAUGCAUAAACUGCAUAACAUGUUUUGUAAUGUUUUUAUUUAUUACAGUUAGCCGUAGUUAGCUCAACACACUCCGAGACUGUCUUGUGUAAACCAUCUACACAGUAACUACAUCGCAAAGAAAGGAUGGCUCAAGUGCCCAAAGUUAGGCUGGCAGGGGGCUUGGAGAUCUGCCGCAUCCUGAACGGCAUGUGGCAGGUAUCAGGUGCUCAUGGUCCGGUGGAUCAUCCCAAAGCAGUGCAGGCGAUGCAAGCCUAUAUUGAUGCUGGCCUAACAACUUUUGACAUGGCAGAUAUCUAUGGACCAGCGGAGGAGAUUUUUGGACACUUCAACAGCCAGCUGAAAUGGAAACCCAGCUGUGAUGCUGCAGCACCCCUACAAGGUUUGACCAAAUGGGUGCCACGACCUGGACCAAUGGACCGCAAGGUUGUGGAGAAGGCAUUGCAGCGUUCCAUGGCCCGUAUGCAGGUGGAUUCUCUGGACUGUGUGCAGUUCCACUGGUGGGACUACAGCGAUAAUAGAUACCUGCAUGCCCUGGGGCACCUGUCUGACCUGCAGCAGGAAGGACUUAUACGAGAGCUGGCCCUUACCAACUUUGACACUCAAAGGCUUGAGGAGAUCACAAACAAAGGGAUCAGAAUCUCCAGUAACCAGGUGCAGUACUCUCUGAUUGACCAGCGGCCCGCUGCUAAGAUGGAGGCGGUCUGCCUGUCUCACGGCAUCCAGCUCCUCACCUAUGGAACUCUGGCCGGUGGUCUACUCUCAGAGCGCUAUCUGGGGAAGGCGGAGCCUAUAAGCAGGGUGGAGCUCAACACUGCCUCCCUCAGUAAAUACAAGAAGGUGAUUGAUGGCUGGGGAGGAUGGGGGCUGUUCCAGGAGCUGCUGGUUGUCUUGGACAGUGUUGCCCAGGGCCACAGCUGCUCCAUUGCCAACGUGGCUACCCGCUACAUUCUGGACCGGCCAGCAGUGGCUGGAGUCAUCGUGGGCUGUCGUCUCGGUGUUGCUGGGGCGGAACACAUCAAGGACAGCCUGCACAGCUGCAGCCCAGAGUUGGAGCUCACGGCGCAAGACCUGCGCACUAUCGACGGUGUGAUGCAGCGCUCGUGUGACCUCAUGAGCCUCAUCGGAGAUUGUGGAGACGAGUACAGGAACUAGAGGAGAAUAGAGAAGAUGGACCAUCUGGGUUGGAGGGAAGUAGAGAUGGGGAGGAAGAACAUGUAAAUGUGUGAAUAAAUGUGUGUAUAGAUGAUGGUGGGAAGUUAGAGGAUGGCAGGAGUAGAAGGAAAUGUGGUGGGAAGAGAAGGCAUGGGGGGCUGAAACUGAAACUGACAGAUGGGAGGGGCAUGAGGGGGAAUGACAGAUGGGAGGGGCAUGAGGGGGAAUGACAGCUGGGAGGGGCAUGAGGGGGAAUGACAGAUGGGAGGGGCAUGAGGGGGAAUGACCGCAUGAACUAUGACAGGGCACACAGAUAUACAGCAUUUUACUUUUGUAAUAAAUGUUACCCUGUACCCAUAUAAUUAAGAAUGUAAUGUAUAUAGCGUCAUUAUGUCUCUGUAUGGAAAGGGCUUUUAAGUAAAAUAAGAUCUUGACCUAAAGCAGCUUGUUUAAUUUACAAUACGCACAAUAGUUAGAUAUUUUUGUAAAAAUCCUCUUCCUGUACUCUUUCAUGACAUCUCUUCAGACAAGGAGAAAAUAGUUAUUUCUGUUGCAUUACUCAAAAGAUGGAAAUGUCUCUGUGUUUGAGGUGGUCUGUGGUGGACUCUGUGUUUGAGGUGGUCUGUGGUGGUCUCUGUGUUUGAGGUGGUCUGUGGUGGUCUCUGUGUUUGAGGUGGUCUGUGGUGGACCUUUGUUUGCAGUAAGCUGGUGUUGUGUUUGUUUGAGGAUUACUAGGGUGGAAGAUGUGGGCAGGCCUGUCUGGGGAACAGUUUCACUAGGGAAGUAGAUCAUGGUGGAGUCUUCUGAUGUUCCUUAACAGAGCUAGCUGACCGGCUGUUCACUCAAGGGUGGAUAUACAGGAGGGUUCAGAGGCAGAUUUGGGGAGGGGGUAGCACUGAGGGGCAAUCAGAUGACAGUCUAGAAGAUUGGGGGUGGGUGCCAGCUGGGGGGCAGGGGUAUUUGGGGGGGGGGGUUCUCCAUCUCUUGUAACUGUGGUAACGAGGCAGUGAUACUGUACAAGAGACAGAUGCUCUAAUGACCAUGAGGAUUCCCCCAGACUGCCACUAUCGCAGCUGCUGCAACUCACAGGGAGGGUACCCACAGCCUGGGGUUAAAGGUCAGAUACAAGAUCACAUGUACUCCCCUAUGGGGAAACCCACAUUAGGGUAGAGUACAGUGAGUACCAUGGACUAUGACAUCCAGUAAAACUACAGUCUCUCACCAAGGGACUGAGUUUCGCCUGCUUCAGUGUGCCUCAGUCUCUCACCAAGGGACUGAGUUUCGCCUGCUUCAGUGUGCCUCAGUCUCUCACCAAGGGACUGAGUUUCGCCUGCUUCAGUGUGCCUCAGACUCUCACCAAGGGACUGAGUUUCGCCUGCUUCAGUGUGCCUCAGUCUCUCACCAAGGGACUGAGUUUCGCCUGCUUCAGUGUGCCGCAGACUCUCACCAAGGGACUGAGUUUCGCCUGCUUCAGUGUGCCUCAGUCUCUCACCAAGGGACUGAGUUUCGCCUGCUUCAGUGUGCCUCAGACUCUCACCAAGGGACUGAGUUUCGCCUGCUUCAGUGUGCCUCAGUCUCUCACCAAGGGACUGAGUUUCGCCUGCUUCAGUGUGCCGCAGACUCUCACCAAGGGACUGAGUUUCGCCUGCUUCAGUGUGCCUCAGUCUCUCACCAAGGGACUGAGUUUCGCCUGCUUCAGUGUGCCUCAGACUCUCACCAAGGGACUGAGUUUCGCCUGCUUCAGUGUGCCUCAGUCUCUCACCAAGGGACUGAGUUUCGCCUGCUUCAGUGUGCCUCAGUCUCUCACCAAGGGACUGAGUUUUGCCUGCUUCAGUGUGCCUCAGUCUCUCACCAAGGGACUGAGUUUCGCCUGCUUCAGUGUGCCUCAGACUAAGGGCUCAAUUCAAUCAGAUCCGCUUUAACCACUAUCCGCAUAGUAGUUGUUUUGGCAUGUCGGAGGUGGAACUGCAUUAGAGCUGUCAAAUACACAAGUGCCCCCUGGAAUUACACCUACUGUAAAGCAGACAUUGCCUGCAUAAAGUCGCAUUAACAGAAUCCCAUGCAGCCUUGUUUACAAGUUCAAACAGUGGAAUGUGAGAUGUAAUCUACACGUCCAUUAGGCUGAUAGAAAUCCUCAUUAUUUAGUUGAAUGAUUUUUCAAUUUCAGUGUAAUUAUCUCAUUCUGAACUUCUAAUGUGAGUGGGGCGGGUGGGUGUGGCUUAGUAACAAUGAUUUGACGUCUUCAACGCAGUUCCACCUCCUAAACCGCCAAAACAUCUGCAUCGCUAUUGUCAGUUAACACUUGAUCUGAUUGAAUCUAGGCCCUAAACACCUUGUUUACCCCAGCACAGUGGUCUUCAGGUUAGUGCGACAGCAGCCAUGUGUGGUUGGUAUUAUAUUUCUGUGGUGGGCUCCUGUGUAUCUAGUCAGCUGUCCUCUCUCUCAUAUUGUUGGAUGACCCUUUGUUUAAAGAGUAUCUCUAUCUGCAGUUUCAUGCACACAUACAUGCUGAUGUGCCCUUGAAUCUUUCAAUAGGCUUUUUAAUUAUUAAAACAAAUGAAAUAUGCACAGCA